CCGGUACACGGUCUCGAGAGGCACAAUGCGACUGAUCACCCGUACAUAGUCAGGAGUUUUAUCGUUAUUUUAAACGUUCAGUGGCUGUUACAGUAGUGUACAAAAGAAAGUUCUGUGUAAUUUAUUACGCUCAAAUUUAAGUUACAUUUAUCGUCGGGGGGGGACUUUUAUCGUUGUCUGUUAUCCACUAGUGGGGCGGAAGGAAACAGAAGCAAAUACAUUUUAAGCUAAACCAUUAAUAUAGUCCUUUCUGUGGUUUGUAAUUUUGACCUGCCUCUUGCUACCUGCUCCGACAUGGCUGCUAACCCUCCAGGACAAGCCUUCUCGAACAAGACACGGGUGGCAAUCCUGGCGGAGCUGGAGAAGGAGAGGAGGCGGCUGAUGCAGAAUCAGUCCAUGAACACACCUGGAGCCAGCAUCUCGCUUUCCAGACCGAGCCUGAAGGAGUUCAGGGACAACAUAGAGCAGCAGCACAUCGCUGCCCAGCAGAAGGCUGCCCUGCAGCAUGCACACGCACACUCAUCAGGCUUCUUCAUCACUCAGGACUCCUCCUUCGGCAACCUCAUCCUCCCCGUCCUUCCACGCCUGGAGCCUGAGUCAUGACCUUUUUACCACUUGUUCCCCUCCUGCUGCCCGGUUUGAGACGAAGUUUCUGAAACGACAUGCAUGUACAUCUUUCCUCUUUUAAGCCUGUGAUUAAUGGACAGUUGUUUGUCGUGUUGUAAACUAUCUCAGGGGAGUGUGAACCUUUCAUUUCUACAUUUUCCAGAUUAACAAGUUGGCUGCUGAAUUUAGGAAAGCUUUCAAAUGGUCAGAAGACGGUUCCAGAUGGCUGUGAAAUAUUCUGUGAAGUUGUCCAGGGACUCAAAACAAACUCUGCACAAAUACUGUAAAUGCUAUCCCGCUCUGUUGCCUAUUAUGGAUCUAAUCACAUGGCUUUAAAAUGCACAUUUUGUCAGGUUUUUUACAUUUGUAAUGCAUUUGGAUAAUAAAGCUAUUACAUUCAGUUGUAUAUAUGUAU